GAAGGGGUUACUCCAGCCGCCCUCGGAAGAGUGGACAAAAGGGUUAACUUAAAGCGAAUGGUUGUCACCCUGCAAGCCCAUCUCAUGUUUCACAGGGAACUUCCUGAGUGACAGAUGACAUCACUGGAGGUGUGACUGACUGAUGAUGUGGAUGCAGCCUGUGAGCUGCUGUGCUGGUUAUAUAAAGCUGCUAUUCUGUGCUGCACAAGGCGGCGAGGCUUCUGCUCAUCACCCAAUGCAGGAGGAGAUGGCUGUGACACAGAUACAAAGUCCAAGGCGGCGAGAAAAGUGCACUUAAAGGAGAAGAACAGAUCGCAGUCACAGAAGGAGAAGACGACAGCCUGAGGGGUGUGCAAGUCUCCACGGGAUAGGGAGUUACGACUGGCUGAAAAGAUGAAGAAGAAUCGCAGCAUGGAAAUCACAUGAACCGCGUCUUGUUUCAUUGUCCGGGAAUAAGGAAGCUCUGUCUGCUCUCGGUGUCUCAAGUUGGUUGACUUCCCCCACUAGUUUAACCUCAUGGAAAUUUUUUAGCUUCCGCGCAAGGAUAAAAUGCCAACCCGGCGCAUGGAAGCGCACACAGACACCCGUAACAAGUGUCAGGACCUGCAUGAGGAUGGGACACACAUGAACUGAUUCUCGUUCUUCUCUCUUUCUGCUAUUUCUAAAAACUUCCUUUUCAGAAACCUGAAGGCGUUCUGGAUAGAGACGACGGUUCAAGGGCAGCCGGGAUCCAGAGCAUAGCCUGGCACAAAGAGGAAUACAACAUUUUAGAGGCAUGAGAGAGACGAGCAACUGGGCACAACUGGUAUUGUGAGGGCUCUUGUUUAAGACCUGGGGGCAUCAAGUCAUCUCCUAGGUGUGUAAGCCAGCAUGAAAGUAGAAAGUUGGUUGCCCUUUGAACAUUUACGAGGAUGGAGACCCUGCCGGAGGGGGCGCUGGAGGACUCUGAAGUCACAGCUCCUUGCUGCCAGCUUGACGUGCACUUUACUGUUAGUAUAUGCUUGCACCCAAGAUUUCCUCUACGACCCCACGCAUAUUUCAUUAUUAUGGAGGAACCCGACACAACCAAAGCAAGUCACAGUCCUUAUCUGGUACGAGCCGUUUGGCAAGAGAAGACGACUCGGAGAUUGCCACAUACUCUUCAAUAUCACCGGGUGCCAUCUGACCACCAACAGGACUCUUUACCAAGAAGCAGAUGCCGUUUUAUUCCACCACAGGGACAUCGGGGAAUUUGGUGACUUUCCAGUAGCCACACGCUCUGCUUCCCAAAAGUGGAUCUGGAUGAACUUUGAGUCCCCUUCUCAUUCACCCUGGAUGACCACCUUGGGGGAUGUCUUCAACUGGACUAUGUCCUACAGAGUGGACUCCGAUAUUUUUGUGCCAUACGGUUAUUUAUUUUCAAAGAAAAGUGCCAAAAUAGUUCUACCGCGCAAAAGAAAACUAGUGGCGUGGGUGAUCAGUAACUGGAACGAGGACCACGAGCGAGUUCAGUAUUACAACCAGCUUAGGGAAUACAUUGACAUUGACAUUUAUGGACGGUACGGGAUGGAUUUGAGGCAUGAUAAUAUUGUAAAGACCGUGUCAGAAUACAAGUUCUAUCUGGCUUUUGAGAAUUCACUACAUACGGAUUAUAUUACUGAGAAAUUAUGGCGCAACGCGUUUAAGUCGAGCGCCGUCCCUAUAGUCAUGGGUCCGAGUCGGUACAACUAUGAGAUAUUUAUUCCCCGUAACUCCUUUAUUCAUAUUGACGAUUUUUCAAGUCCCAGAAAGUUGGCCAUGUACUUAAGGUUUCUCGACAAAAACACUCACAUGUACAGGAGAUAUUUCACCUGGAAGAAGCGGUACGAUGUCCACGUGACUUCUUUUUGGGAUGAACAUUACUGUACGGCUUGUGAAACCGUGAAGGCAUCCGGCGAUGAGCAUCGGACCAUCUCAGAUCUUGCCGGAUGGUACGAGAGCUGAAGGAAAACUUUUUGGUCCCAAGUUCUGAUCAAACUUUCAGCCUGGCCAGACCAGAUUUAGAGCUCAUAUCUAGAACAAGGGAAAUAACUAAAAUCUUAGAAAAGUCCACACUACAAAUAAUUCUUUCAUGAAAUACAACCCAAUCCCUAGUUUAUUCCACCAAACCUGACCCUUAGACCUUUAAGGGUCUAUUCACACGGCAGAAUUUCCGCUUCCAUUUCUUUUUUGGUUUUUGUUUUAUUUUUUUUAUUUUUUUAGUUUACUCUCUUUCUUUUCUUUAAUUAUGUUAAAAAAAUUUUUUGCCGUUUUAAAUAACUGUUCUUUACUAUGAUAAUUAAAUGUUUUUACUGUACUCCCCCUAGUGUUAUGUUUUAAAUACUUGCACUUGUUUUCACUAAAGAUUUUUUUUUGUUCUAUUUCUAUUCUUUUAUUUUUUUUAUUUUAAUCGAAUUAUAUUUCUUAUACUUCUACUGCCCUUAACAACUGUAUUUUUUAUUGUUUAUUUCCUAUAACUGUACUGCACUGUUGUCAAUAAUGGAAAGUAUUUUACAUACAUUUUUUUUAUAAUUACGGUAUUAUAUUAUAUAGUUAACCAAUUUCUACAACAACAAAAAAGAAUUGGUUCUGCCAUGACUUAUCACUUGGGAAAUAUUUAUGAAUGAUCUAUAUGGUGGAUGUGUUAAAUUAUUUUUGAAGCAAAAAUGUAAGAUUUUUUUUGUUUUUUUUUUACAGAAAAAAACAUUCAUUUGCAAUGCAAUAUGUCUAUUUAUGCUUAUGUAUAUAGUAAGGACGUUGAUGUUACUUGAAGUCCAGACAAAGGAUAUAGUUUACUGGUUUAUAAGAUAAAUUAUUGAACAGAAGCACAAGACACUGGAUGACACUAUUUGUCUUUUGUGAUAUAUUUUGUCAUGGGGAAAUUAUUAUUAUUUUUUUUUGGGAAUAAACAUUG